UUAAGAACACAUCCCAUUCCUCCGAUUCACCAGGAGCCAAUCAAACCAAGUUUCUCUUAAGGAAUUAGGGUAAGAAAAUCGUCGAUAACUCUUUUGUAUCAAUGGAUACAUCAACGCAGCCACAGGGCCAGCCGCAGCAACCUCCUCCGGUGGCUGAGAAGCUGAAUCAGGAACUUGUACAGCUUCUGAAUCUAGAAUCCAUAAAGACACGAGCCGAAAGCUUGUUCAAGGCUAUUUCUCGGAUCCUUGAAGAUUUCGACGGUUAUGGUCGAACCAACACUAAUCCUAAAUGGCAGGAUAUUCUUGGGCAAUAUUCUAUGGUGAAUCUUGAGGUUUUUAACAUUGUGGAAGAGGUGAAGAAAGUCUCCAAGGCCUUUGUUGUGCUUCCAAAGAAUGUUAAUGCUGAGAAUGCUCAAAUUUUACCGGUUAUGUUGUCUUCUAAGUUACUUCCGGAGAUGGAAGCUGAUGACAACGUCAAGAGAGAGCAGUUGCUCCAAGGCGUUCAGAAUUUGCCUGUACCAAUGCAGAUUGAUAAGCUAAAGGAGAGGAUGGAAUUGAUUUCAAAAGCUUGUGAGAGUGCUGAGAAAGUAUUAGCUGAUACUCGUAAAGCCUAUGGAUUUGGCGCACGUCAAGGCCCAUCUAUGCUUCCAACUAUGGAUAAAGGUCAACUUGCAAAGAUUCAGGAGCAGGAGGGCAUGCUACGUGCUGCUGUAAAUGAUGGUGCAGGAACAAGACUACCUCCUGACCAGAGACAGAUAACCACUGCACUUCCCCCGCAUCUGGUAGAUGUGCUUUUCGUUAACGAUGCAGGCAAGAGUGCGUUACCUGUGCCAUCAAACAACAUCAACAGUCAAGGAAAUAUGAUGCAGGUUUCUGGAACACAAUUUAUGGGAAGAUCGGCUGCAUCUCCAUCUAAUGCUAACUUUGACACUACAAGGUCUCCUUUACCAUAUUCCAAUUCGCCUCAAUCCACGGGUAUGCUUAAUGCCCCUUCGCCUCAGCAACAACAGCUUCAACAGCAGCAGCAAAGGUCGAAACUAAUGCAGCAGUUGCCUCAACAUCAACAGCAACUACUUGCACAACAACAACAGCUCAGGCAGUCUUCUAUGCAAACAUUGGGUCAGAGUCAGAUGCCAUCACUCCACGACUUGCAAGCUCCGCAGAAGUUUCAGUCGUUACAUGGGCAACAACAACAUCAAAUGCCAUAUUCUCAGUCAAUGGGACACCAACAAUACCAAGCUAGACAGCUCUCAGGGGGACAUAUUCAGCACGGCAUGUCUCAAGGACAGCUCAAUCCAGCGAUGAUGAACCGUCAGUUGAACCAGUUUUCAGGUGGAGCAAAUAGUGCAAUGUUUACAUCUGCACAAGGCUCCCCAAGUAGCCAGAUGAUACCAAACAUGUCAUCUAUGCAAUCUCAGACACUUAAUCCUAGGAUGCAGCAAUAUGGAGUUUCGGGUACCAAUGCCCAAAGAGGCCAUGCGUCUCAAAUGUUGGGUGACCAGAUGUUUAACAGCAGUGGAAUGAUGCAAACUCAACAGUCGCAGCAACCACAACAGCAACAACAACAACAGCAGCAGCAACAGCAAGGAGGCUAUGGGAAUAUGCAAACCAAUCAGCAGAAUCUACAGCCUAACAUGUUGCAAAAUCCUCAACAAAGGCACCAAAACCCUCAAUAAAACUUCCCCUCUUCUUGUAUGACUUCUUGGGCUUAGUAAUAAGACCCUUUCCAACUCGUGGUUAUAACGUACUAGUAUGUGCGUGGCCAAUUCUUAAUUUCUAAGACAAGGUUUAGGUUGAUGAGGAAAUAAUCCUUUUGAUCUUAAGAGGAUGUGAAUUGGAAAUCUUACAAGAUUUAUCAUAAAAAAGUGAAAAAU